AUGGCUUGCAAGUAUCUGAUUGAGAUCUCCUAUCUGAUUUCAGAUCCCCCUUUAUUCUUGGAAAUCUAGGAAAUCUAGGAAUUCAAAUCAUUGAUUUUCGUAAUCUUCCGAGUCUCUCUGACGCUGUGGACGGAAUCUGGGCUUUCAUUUUAGAAUUACUCGGAGUGAAACGUGUCUGGGAUUGAGAGAAGCUGUUCUGACCUGCUUCAGGGGUGGCACCUCCUCCGUGCCGUUUUGUUUUCCUUCUCUACUACUUCUCUCGUAUUUAAUCUUUCCCUUUUCAUCUUCUUGGAGUACCAAGCAGCUGGCAUUGCCAAUGUCAAUCAGGAUCAGGAAAACUGACUGUUGAUAGUAUUCUUGGGUUUGUAAGCUAUUCUUGGAUGGUGCAUUGGAUCCUAAGCUUCAUCCGAGGGAUUGUAUGAGAGAGAUGGAAUCUGGUGCUUGAUUGUGGUACUAUUUCAGGAUUAUUUUCUCACUGUGGCGAGAUUCUGAGAGCGGAUCAAUCUUUCUGCCUAGAUAUUCUCUGCUCAAGUAGAACAAAAGCGUCUCCUGCUAAGUAAACUUUCAUAAUAAUUGGUCUCUCUCUUCCUCUUUGCUCAAAAAAUGGUAGCAUUCAAAAAAAAUAAAUUGUCUGCUCAAAUUUCAUCCUGCGUUUACUUUUGUCCCCUUAAGGUCCAGAAUACGACCACUUUCACUUGGCAUGAUUUUGGUAACAUUGGAAUCUGCCAGAAAUCUAUGAAUCUAUUUUGUUUGCUUUCGCACGCGUUCAACAGUGUCCUUCAAGCAGCCAACAGGAGCUUCAUUCCCUCGAUCUAGUCAACUGCUGCCCUGGCAUAGUUUCUAAAUCUUAGAUUUACUCCAUUGAAGUCCCAUUAUUUUCCUCCAUUUAUCUCCAUCUUCUCAUUGCAAGCUCGUUGGUGUUCAAAUCUCUGAAAAGCAUUAUCUCCCAUUCACAGCGAGAAAAGGGCAGCCCUCUUCCCAAGUUUGGGGACUGGGACGUUAAUAACCCUGCAUCUGCUGAGGGCUUCACGAUGAUCUUCAACAAGGUCAGGGAUGAGAAGAAGACGGGUGGCGAUGCUGUGGUGCUGGGCUCACCCACAAAGGACGCCCAGGCUUAUGGUGCUCCCAAGCCUGCUGUAAGUCCUAUCUCAACUUAUGAUUCACAGCCCAGCUCAUGCCUCAUCGGGCCCAGAGCUGUACUCACCUAUCCUAGAGAGAGAGAGAGAGAGAGAGAGAGAGAGAGAGAGAGAGCUGGCAUCCUAUCAAUAGUAGGUUUCUAUAGAUGGUUCUAACGAAAUAUGGCUGCAUGAAUCUUAUAAACUACGGUGACUAGAUAUGGCAGGUUUUCUGACCGGGGGUUUUCCCUUGGGUAUCCAGAGAAUAUGGUGUUGCUUCAUCAAGGCCAGCCCUUCCCGGUCCUGA